UUGUUUUUGUCUUUUGUUGUUUGUUAAACGCAACCUUGAUCUUUUAUUUUUGGAUGUGCGAAUUCUAGAACUGUUGUCUGUGUGCAAGUGUGUGUAUGUGUGUGUAUGCGUGCGUGUGAACUGCAACAAUAAACAACAAAAUUUGAUACGAUUUGUAUGCUGGCGACAAUCCAAUCCCCAAUUCAAUCCGAAGAAGGAGACAGAUUGGAUUAAUUGACUGACUGAUGAAUUGACCUAAUUAAUUCAUUGACUAGCUGCCACAAUUUCGCAAGUAAACAAAUGCAAUAAGUGAGGAGGCAAUCAUGAAAAGUUAAAGCAAAUAACUUAUUAAUUUAAUUGUUGCGAUAAAUAAUGCAGGUGAGAACCUGGCAUGGUAUUUAUUCGAUUCUAUAUGGUCUAUUGGGUCAGGUCAGAGCCUUGAUUGUGGCAGAGGCGGGCACAGUGGAGGGCGCGGGACUGUGAACGCCAGCAGCUGUCUUCACCGUUAUGUCGCCUUAAUUAUAACGGCCUAAAAGGGUUUUCAGUUCCAGUCGAAGAUGGAGACCGAAAGCAUGCCCGCAGCUCCCUUGCUGAGCAAAUCGAAUUCGGUUUUUUGCUGUUAUCUAUUUUGGAGUAGUUUGCUCAUACUUAAAAUGCUAUGCAUGUCUCUAUUGACAGCCAGGCAGCGCAUUAAAACCAAAACGUUUGCCAAUCCGGAGGAUUUGCGGGUGGGCCGAUGCACAGAUGUGCGUUUCAACGAUCCCAAUGUGGAGCGAGUGCGUCGCGCUCAUCGCAACGAUUUGGAGAAUGUGCUGCCCUUUUUGCUAAUGACCCUAGCCUAUGUGGCCUGCGGCCCCCACCCAUUGACCGCCAAGCUGCUGAUACGCAUUGGAGCCAGCGCUCGACUGUUGCACACGAUUUUCUAUGCUGUGCUGCCGCUGCCGCAGCCGACACGAGCGAUCUGCUUCUUCAUCACGUUUAGCAUUAUGUGCUUCGAGGCGGUCUAUGUGCUCAUCUGUUCCAUCAAAUAUAUCUAA